AUGCAGUACCCAUCUCCCAAGCCUCCUCACACCCCGUCUUCGUUAUCAACUCCAGCCAUGGCCACCACUGCUUCUGCCACCCUCCUUUCUCUCUCUCUCCUCCUCACCCUCUCCACCGCCACUGUCGCACAUCCCGAUCUCGUUCUAACAGUAGUCAACAACUGUCCCUUCACAAUCUGGCCAGCCAUCCAACCCAACUCCGGCCUCCCCGUCCUCGAGAAAGGUGGUUUCGCCCUUGAAACAUUAAACCACCGCUCCUUCCCAGUCCCCGAACAACCUUGGUCCGGCCGUCUCUGGGGCCGCACCGGCUGCACACACUCCAACGGCCGCUUCAGCUGCAUCACCGGUGACUGCGCUGGGAAACUCGAAUGCGCAGGCCACGGUGGCGCAACUCCCGCCACCUUAGCCCAGUUCUCUCUCCACCACGGCCAAGCUGACUUCUCCUCCUACGGCGUCAGCCUCGUCGACGGUUUCAACCUCCCCAUGACGGUGACACCCCACGAAGGCAAGGGCAAGUGUCCGGUCGUCGGAUGUAAGGCUGACUUGCUAGCGACUUGUCCGGCGAGUUUGCAGUUCCGGUACCCGGCGGGUCAUGGGAAGGUGGUGGGUUGUAAGAGUGGGUGCGAGGCUAUGGGUACGGACGAGCUGUGUUGUAGAAACCAUUACAAUAGUCCACAGACGUGUAGAGCUUCAAGCUACUCUGAGUUCUUCAAGCAUGCUUGUCCGGCUACAUUUACGUACGCCCAUGACAGCCCUUCUCUCAUGCAUGAGUGCUCGUCGCCACAUGAGCUCAAGGUCAUUUUCUGUCACUAG